AUUACACAGCUGUUUUACUCCUGUAUUCUUAAUAUGAACAGAGGUUCCGGCUUCGUACAAGGAGUUUCAGGCAUAUGCACCUGUCUGUCUUUACUGAUAAAGAUUAAUUAAAAAUGGCUUUACGGGCCCGAAAAAAUUCUGGGGCUUUCGAGAAACGGCCCCCUGAAUAGAAAGCCUGCCUGUUAUUUUUGUUUUCAGAUGUAUCUUACUAUUACAAAUUUAAUGUGGGCUAAGGGUGCAAUGUCAUUUUCUCUUGCUUUGAAUAAGCCUAAUCAUCCGCACUUUGAUGAUGGAUCAAUACCACUUUUCUUGAUUCUACAAUAAACACAUAUUUUAGCUGAUACAAUUCUAAGGAUCACAGUAGUACUGCGGAGGAUGCUAACAGUGACAAAAAUGAUAUCCUAUUUAAGGAUCGGAAAUCUCAAAAACCAUGUCCUAUCCCGUGGCAAUACCUAUAUAGCUAACAAAUGGGAGUCCCCACACGGGGGAGGAAGAUUGCUUGGCAUGGAGAUUGCGUGACGAGCCCAGAGAGCUUCCCCAAGCUUCCCAAAGAGCGUUUGCGUUGGAGGCUGUCUUCGUAGCAAGAGAGCACACUGGCAAGAGUUUCAAUGGGGAAAAAAUUCCAUUUGCCCGAAAGCUCAAGGAUGAAAUGGAAACCAAAACCAUGCGCUGUCUUAAAUAAUCGGACAGCUCAGGAACAAUGACUCGGCGGAAGUUGAAAUUUGCAAACAAAAUUGAAUUACCCCAUUUUCAAAAAAACUUAAUUAAUCUCGCGUCAAAAAACACCUCCAGAAACUGCAUUUUAUCGUUUAGUUAAUAAUUGUAUAGAGAACGGCACAGAGUUAAACAAAAUGGCUUGUAGACAGCUCAUCACGACGUCCAUCUGUAUUCGAACCUUCGGAUGUCAGUUUGGCAAGGAACAUAAUCCCGACCCUAUCAGAUUUUUCCUCGUUCAUCACUCAUAAUGAAAGACGUCAAAAUAGACUCAGCAGUGCUGAUCCGGCGACUGAAGGGAAAAGAGUUACGAAUCGAAUACUGAACUGCGUAGAAAUACACUUUGACUUACGCAGAGAGAAGUUAUUAUGGGAAUCUUUUACGGUAUAGUGCUGUGGACAGUUGUAUUCUGCCAGUACACGUGGUCACAAGAAGCAAACUGCAAGAAUCCGGGAGUUCCAAGAAAUGGCGCACGGUUAGGCAUCAAUUUUGGACACAAUCAGUCAGUAACCUUCGUGUGCAAAGAAAACUACACGUUGAUUGGUCGCGAGGCAAUGGUCUGUCGAAACGGAAAUUGGAGUUCAUCUCUUCCUCAGUGCAAAACAAAUUGCAAGGAUCCAGGAAUUCCAAGAAAUGGCGCACGGACAGGUGAUAAUUUUGAACACGGUCAAACGGUUAGCUUCGCGUGCAAUAAUGGCUACACGUUGAUUGGUAGCAAGUCAAUGGUCUGUCGGAAAGGAGUUUGGAGUUCAUCUCUGCCCCAAUGUAAAAGUAAGUGCACAUACUUUUAAGUUACAACAUUGAUCCCGGAACAUAAGUCCUGUCUUUAUUUCUUGGAACUAGCCCUUAUUUUUACCUGAACCUCAUCAAUGGAUUUAAGCUGUUUGUAAAUGCUAGUUCAAGAAAUACUCUUGCUUGCGAGAGAAAACAAAAUGAAAAUUAAAAUACACGCGAAAUCAUUCACUUAGCUGAUAACCCUGAACUUGUAGACAUCUAUUUGAAAUUUUCGGGUCCCGCUCCGAUCCUGGUAAUCCACAGAGCGGGCGCAGAAUAGGCUUGGAUUUCCGGCAUGGCAAGAAAGUCUCCUUUACUUGCCAAGGCAAUUUUAAAUUGACUGGCACUGUCCGCAUCACUUGCCUCGACGGAACAUGGAGUGACAAAGUUUCCAUAUGCAAAGGUAACAUCGAGGUAUAACACGGGACGAAUAAUUUCAAUAAUAUUGAUAUCGAUCAUGAGACUAUGGGGAGACUAUGGA